AUGUAUUUUCAUUGUUUCAAUAGGGGUUUACGCUUUGAGGGGCUUGUAGCCAUUGCACGUGCUGCUGUUAUCCCCGCUAACUCGGAUUCGGCGCUUGGCCAUUCCGAAAUGGCUCCUAAAGCUAGCCUUUCCAAAAGGAGAAGUGUUCAGGUUCAGGUGACAUUCCUUGAACCCACAGCAGAAUACGAGAAAGUUCAGGUGAAGGAAGAACUUCUGCCAACUCUCAGGAAAGCAAUCAAAGAAACAAUUACGGAAAUCGAGGCGAACGCAGAAGUGUUAUUUUCUAAAGGAAGCAUAACGGCACAGCGUAAUUCAAUCAAUUUCAAGCUGAAAACAGCAGUGUCCCACUAUGAUCAAGGGCAGAUUCUCUUUCUGCAUGGGUCAGACAAAUUCCAGAUUUGGUUAUCUUCGUCGGCCGGGUUGAGGAAUGCUCUUCGCAAUCAAGUAAAACACCAGCCUGCGUCGACGAAGUUGGAAUUGGAGAAGAGUUUUAAUCUGGCUCAUACCAAAACAUUCUCGGUACCCACCAAUUUCGCCCAGUACAUGCCGAAAUCCCAGAUCAAGGUGGCUGGAAAAGUCAUCCCUCCACUACGAUCUCAGUGAGGAUUCUGUUCUUUUCCUGGAGUGCAGAGUAAAUGGGUACGGAAUUCGGAAGGGACUCGGACAUCGUAGGGACAGAGAAUCAGAGAUGAUUGCAUGUAUCGUAUGUAGCAAUGGAUCUGAUUGAAUCUCUAGAAAGGUCGUCUGUGCGAGCAUUGCUUGACGUUGACGUUGAGCUAGAACUAGUGAGCCUGGGCUGAACCAAACAACUACAAACUGU